AAAGCUGAGACCGGCUCAGGGAGAUCUGAACUCUUCGCACAGGUGAGCGGUUCUGCGACUGUCGUCCUGGGGCCGCUAUGAGCUGCACCAUCGAGAAGAUUCUGACAGACGCUAAGACUCUACUGGAGAGGCUGCGGGAGCACGAUGCAGCCGCCGAGUCGCUAGUGGAUCAAUCAGCGGCGCUGCACCGGCGGGUGGCCGCUAUGCGGGAGGCGGGGACAGCGCUUCCGGACCAGUAUCAAGAGGAUGCAUCCGAUAUAAAGGACAUGUCCAAAUACAAACCUCACAUUCUGCUGUCCCAAGAGAAUACACAGAUUAGAGACUUGCAGCAGGAAAACAGAGAGCUAUGGGUUUCCUUGGAGGAACACCAGGAUGCUUUGGAACUCAUCAUGAGCAAAUACCGGAAACAGAUGUUACAAUUAAUGGUUGCUAAAAAAGCAGUGGAUGCUGAACCAGUCCUGAAAGCUCACCAGUCUCACUCUGCAGAAAUUGAGAGUCAGAUCGACAGAAUCUGUGAAAUGGGAGAAGUGAUGAGGAAAGCAGUUCAAAUGGAUGAUGAUCAGUUUUGUAAGAUUCAGGAAAAACUAGCACAAUUAGAGCUUGAAAAUAAGGAACUUCGAGAAUUAUUGUCCAUCAGUAGUGAGUCUCUUCGGGUCAGGAAGGAAAACUCAAUGGACACUGCUUCCCAAGCUAUCAAAUAAUUCAACUUGUGAAUGACGGCUAGAGAUUGUUUAUCGAGGAAGGAAGUUAUUAUCUCUCUAUUCGAGUAUUGUCCAUUCAGUGUCUUGCCUCAGACUUGAUUUAACGUUGAUUAAAUGUAUCAAGUGGCAGUUUAGAAUUCGCAGUCAAAAGUGGCUGUCCACGAAACAGUUUUGGGGUAUGUUAGUGAAAAUACUCACUAAAAUACACUGAGUUUCACCAUUCCUUUCUCUAAGAGACUACUUUUAAUUUUCAUUUCUGGGACCUCAAUUUAUAUGAACUGUUUUCAGUUCAUUUUUGUUCUUUCAUAUCUCUGAAACUUAGAGCAUUUUAUUAUAAACCAGCAAUUUUAUUUUAUAUAGGAUUGUAAAUUGCAAUUCUUAAAAAUUUUAAAAAGAGAUUAGCUUUUUUCAAUAUAUUUGGCAUAAACCUGGAUUUGUUUCCAUUUGAGAAAAAUAAUACAAUUCCACAGAAGUAGAUUGGCAGAUUCUCUAAUUUGUAAUGUCAUUCACCUUUUUUGAUGUUUUAAGUCUCUCUGGUGCUAAGAGUUGGCACUUUAUGGCCUGGUGUCUUUACUCUUAAUUUGAGAGAACCUAUUGCCAGUCCCUGGGAAACAUACUUGAAAAUAAGUCAACUGUUUUUUUACUAGUGGUAGGAUAAUCAUCAUAUUGUUCAAAGAAUGCUGAAAAAUUUGUCCUGUGUGUGUUUACACACACAUGUGCUCUUAGUUCAGAUGCUAAAAGUAACUUUUAUUUAUUCUAUUAGAUGUUAGUAGUCAAUUUUUCAAUUUUGUCCUACUAGGAAAUCUUCAGCUUGGGUAGAUUACCCAGUGUGAAGAAGAUAUAAUUGGUUUAUUCACAUCAUAGUUCUUAGGUACUACAUUCUACAGUUUAUAUAUAACUUUCAUUUAUAAUUAAGAACCAUCACUUACUUGGAUAUCUUUCAUUACUAGUACUAGUAGUUGGCUUUCUUUUUAGAUCCAUUUUUCACAGGAAGCAAAGUUGUAUCACUUAAUGAGAGUUUAUUACAUUCAUAGAAGCUGUGUUGAGAUUCAAAUGCUAAGUGGUCAGCUAGGCCCACUCAUCAUUUCAUUCCCCCAUCUCAGUUUACUCACAUUUCAAACUUAUAAAUUACUUCAUGUAAUACUAUCAAUUUAGGUUUGCUCCAAAAUAAUUGAAAUAAUGAAUGCUAAACCUGUCAAUAUUUCCCAGUAACCGAAAGCACUAUACUGCAUGGGAGAGACACAUCAUUAGAAAGAGUUUUUUGUUAGUGCUUUGUGUGGUGUAACCUUUUUUUUGUACAGCCAUAAAGAAUUAACUCCAAAUAAAACAACAGAAUUUCUCCAUGAUAUCCUAAGAGCAUCUGAUCCCAGUAAUACCAAAGGACUUUGCCUAAAAUGGUAGGCUGUAAUGAAUCGGUAUGUCAUUUUUGAAUUUGUCAAAUUUCUAUUCAGAAUCCUGCGAACAAUUUCCACCCGAAGUGUGGACGUUUUUAUCUCAUUUCCUAAGAGUAUGUAAACUUUUAGUCUAGCCAUUUGCCUUGCGGUAUAUGUCCUAAGUGCCACUCUGUGUUCCACAGUUCCAUUCAGGAGGCAGGUACCCUAUACCAUUGGUCAGCUGCCAUGGCCAGUUUUCAGUGAAAAUGAUAAGGUAAUCAAAUGGCCCGUUAAACUAUAACAUGGUGUCCCUUUAUCUGCUUUAUGUUCCUUUAGAGUUGUUUGUAAAGUUCUUUACAUCUCAGAUAUCAGGAUAAAUCUAAAUGUUAACUUUUCCCCCUGGUAAAUCAAAAGCUUGAAGCAUGAGCCUCAAGAAUUCUCAGCACCCUAUAUAAUGUGAAUUCUAGCUGGUGUUAAUACUAUGAAAAUAGUGUGUAGUUAGAAAAUUGAAGGGGAGAAGGAGUGUUCUUGACUUUGGUCUGAAUGGGUAUGAAAGUUUAUUUUGCAGUGGAUGAUGGAACUUGACUGAUGUGCAAAAUUUUAGUACAAACUUAUCUUUUCUAAUAAAAAUCUCAUUUUGAGAAUAUCAGCUAAUUUUACUCAGUAAUGAGUCUAAUUAUAGGAAGUGCAAGGGUUUAUUUUUCACUUAUAUAGCAACCUAUCAGGUACACAGCAUUUUUCAUAAAUACUCUUUAAUUAUCACAUUGUAGUUCAGAUAACUAUAAAUAGUUGUUGCUGAAAGGUUUUAGAGGUUUCCUCAUGGUUAGAAAUCAUAAGUUACAUGAUUACAAGUCAAAGUAUAAAAUUAAAACUGUUUGGAAGUAUCUUGGAAAAAUGCGUAAAUAUUAUUGAUACCUACCUUUAUUACCUUAUAUUAAUACCUUAUGCAUAAUUUGAUUCAAACAUUGAAGAUCUAUUUCAGUGUUCCUCAAAAUGUGGUUCACUGACCUACUACAAUAGAACUUUGGGGAUGGAAUCUAGGAAUUUGUAUUUUAAUAAUCAUCCCAGAUAACUUCUAAGGACACUAGUUUGAGACUGUCUAGUUUACUAUGUUAGGCACUUGAUUUGGAGUUACGAAUUUUAAAAAGCGGGGGAGGCGUUGACAGUGUUUUUGAAGAAAAAUCUGGUAGAAGAGGCAAACAAUGUGAUAAAUCCAAUAUAAGGAUGUAUAGAGUACAGAGGAGGGACUAUUUACAACUUGAGAAUCCAAUAGAGACAAAAUGAGUAGAACUAGAAAGCUUAGUGCUUUCUAGUUAUUAUAUAAUCUCCAUUUCAACUGUACCUCAUUUUACAGAUACUCAGGCACGAGGAGGUUGUUAUUAUUCCAAACUGAAACCAAGAUUCAAACCCAGACUUAAACAUAUUCUUAACCAUUAAGUUAAGAUUCCCUUAAAUGCCAAAUACUAUUCAGAGUUCAAGUGGUUCUUGAGAGGAAAAUCUAUUUUAUUAAUGGUGCAAAAGAUACACCACAGCCCAUAUUAGAAAAUAUCAUGAAUUUAAUAAAUGGAGUCUUAAGGAAUGAGACAUAAUUGUCAUCUGUUUUUUAGAGUGGUGUAGCUGAGAGUAUGUGCGUGCAACUGAAAAGAGCAAUGCUUAGGGCUUCCCUGGUGGCGCAGUGGUUGAGAGUCCGCCUGCCGAUGCAGGGGACACAGGUUCGUGCCCCGGUCCAGGAAGAUCCCACAUGCCGCGGAGCGGCUAGGCUCGUGAGCCAUGGCCGCUGAGCCUGCACAUCCGGAGCCUGUGCUCCACAAUGGAAGAGGCCACAACCGUGAGGCCCGCGUACCACAAAAAAAAAAAAAGAACAA